AAUAUUUUUGCUGUCGAUAGUGCUCGAUCUUGGAUUACCUCUCCUCUCGAUCUCGCCUUUAUCAAGUUUUCCCUUCACUGGCUUCAGUAUUAUUAUCUUCAGCGCAGGUCAGCGUCGCUGUCUUUUUCCGUCACCAAUGCGGAUUUGUAGUGUUGGCUACCUGGUACUUGCCGCUGUGUGUCCCAAGUUAGUUGUGACUAGUCAGGCAACCGGUAGUGACAGACCUUCACGCUAGCGUUUCCUCUCCCUGGCCUGGGCCACUACUUGCAGUCCUGCCGUACUGACGCUUGUUUUAGCAUAGAGUAGUCCAAGGCAAGGCCUGACUCUACGGGCGUUCACUCCCUUCCAAUGCACAUUUGUGUUCAUCCGGCCCGCUAGGACAGGGAAGUUCUGGUACGGUUGUUUUCGCUGUGCUCGCUCUGCUCCGUUCCUAGCGUGCGUGCGUGUCCUGCCUGCUUCCUCUACCGCCACGUGUGCCACACGUCGGUCAAAAUGUCGGUUUCUGGACUGAAAAAGCAAUUCAACAAAGCCAGUCAGCUGGUCAACGAGAAAGUGUUGAAAGCGUCGCAUACUGAAGUGGACGAUUCAUUUCGUGAACUUGAAAGAAAGACAGAUGGCACGAUUGAAGUGGUCAAGUCGUUGUCGGAGAAGGUGGUCAGUCUACUGCAGCCCAAUCCAGCGGCACGUGUCAAAGCUGCAUACCGGGUACGCAUGGACAGGGCUAAAGGCAUCAGCGGUAGCACUGCAUCGUACCCACAUGCUGAGGCAACCCUCUCCGACAUAGCCCUGAAGGGAUCGGCAGAACUUUCCGAGGACUCAAACUUUGGCCUGGCUUUAGGGGAAUUUGCAUCGUCACUAAGAGAAAUAACAGACUUGAAGGAGAACAUGGAUGUCACAGUUAAUCAAAACUUUGUUGAUCCCAUCAUGCAGUUCCUGCAGAAAGAUGCAAAGGAGAUCAGCCAUCAUAGGAAAAAGAUGGAAAGUCGACGGCUGGACUUUGAUGGAAAGCGGCGGAAGAAGGACAAAGGUGCAAACAUUGCAGAUGCUGAUUUGAUAAUGGCCGAGGAGAAGUUUGAAGAGUCCAAGGAGCUAGCAGAGAGUGGUAUGCUGGAACUGCUGGAGGGAGAUGCUGAGCAAAUUUCUCAGCUGCAGUCGCUGACAGAGGCUAUGCUGGAGAUGCACAGGGAAUCUGCUGACAUCCUUACUAGACUCCGCGAUGGCCUGCAAGAGAGGGCGUCCAGCUCACAGACUCGGCCGCGCUCGGUGCGCGAGCCUCGCGCAGCAACGCGUCGCUCUCUGCAGACGGUGGACAUCUCGUCGCCGGUCAAGCUGGGUAUGCGCUCUCCGCAGGAGGACAGCUCCGGGAACAGUGUGAACGGUGCCGUCUCCGACGCUCCGCCAGUAGCCGCCAACCGUAAGUCGAGCAGCCCGGCUGUUCCCGGAGGUAGUAGUGGCAAGCAACAGGCGCACUGCAAAGCACUGUACGACUUUGAAGCCGAGAAUGAAGGAGAGCUGUCGUUCGAAGAAGGCGACACUAUCAUCCUGACCGGACGGAUUGAUGAGAAUUGGCUGGAGGGUGAGGUGAAGAGCACGGGGAAAGCUGGGUACUUUCCACAGAACUACGUCGAGAUCAUUGUCGACUUGUAGGUGCACAUGCCGCUUGCAGCGGACUCCGGCGAGUUCUGGAUGCACUGCGUUCUUGGUGCGCGUGUGUGUGUGUGUGUGUGUGUGUGUGUGUGUGUGUGUGUGUGUGUGUGUGUGUGUGUGUGUGUGUGUGUGUGUGUGCGUGUGUGUACGUGUGUGUGUGUGUGUGUGUUUGUGUGUGUGUGUGUUUCAGAAGGCUAGAUGGGGGGAAUGUACCAUGGAAUAUAUAUUGUGCAUUUUCUGUUCUGCAUGGCAGUGACUGAUGUCUGACAAUGGCAUUCCCAUGUCUUCUGGUGACGUAUUACCUCAAUGGCUCAGGGUUAUUAUAGUUCUAUAGAAGCUGUACCAGUAGGUCUGGUUGGCCUGGACCCACUGGCUUUAGAUAACAGGUGUUUACUUGGCUUUCAGUCGUGUGUGUGUGUGCUUGAUGCCAGUACACUGGAAAGCGAAGGCAUGCAUAGCGUUUGUCCGUGAUCACGUGCGGACUGCGCAUAACGGCAAUCUAUUAUCAUAGGUAUCAGCGGUGUCCCGGUAUGACAGUACUGUUAUCCCGGAGCUACGCAAUGAGUUACUCAAACCGAGCAGAAGGGCUUGCACACACUGUUUCUUCUUCUGCUGCUGCUGUUCUCUGCUCGGAUGCAUGGUAUCCUUUUUUCCCGCAUAUGAGCCGCAAUCUGGCAUAUUCUCCGUAUGACAUUUCAGUCCCUAACUCCCAAUUUUAAACACUAUUCUUCCAAUAAUUUUGCCGAGUCCUAGUGCCAUGCUGCUUCACAAGCUGAGUAUAUUUCAAGCUAGGCAAUACGGUGAAGUCAUCACAAGUCUAUAGGGCAUGAUAUCCGGUGUCACGGUCGUGCAUGCCAACAUGCUAUAUUCAGUUUACACGGUCUAGAAUUCAACCGAUACGCGAGCUGAAGUUGUGUCUAUGAAAGUGGA